AAAUCCGUUUCAACCCUGGUGGCCGGAACUUUGGCUGCGGCCGCCCCGGAAGGUGGGGGCAUGGCGGCGGCGGCGGCGGCGAGAGCGGCGGCGGCUCUGGAGCUGGAGGUGGCCGUGCCCCGGGACGUCAUCCUCUUCCGCCACGAGCGCGGGCCCUUCUUCCGCCUGGUGGGGCUUUUCUGCGUGGGGCAGGGCUGUUUUUGGGCCGCUUUGGCCCAUUUUGCCUUCACUGCGCUGCGGCCCGCUCCUGCUCCCGCUCCCGGUUCUGCUCCCGGUGCCGAUGACCCCCUCCGCCCCCGGGACCACAAGUGGCGCCUGGGUUUCACCGCCUCCUGCCUCACCCUCGGCUCGCUGAUCGUGGCGGCGGGCUGCGUCUUCCCCCUGCGCGCCGUGCGGCGGGUGACGCUGCUGCGGGGGGGGGCGACCGUGGCCAUCAGCACCCACGGGCCCCUGGGGCUGGGCCGCGGGCCCUCCUUCACCGUGCCCCUGCGCCACGUCUCGUGCCGAGCCCACCGCUCCGAGGUGCCUGCCAUGAUCCCCCUGAAGGUGAAGGGGCGCCCCUUUUUCUUCCUGCUGGACAAGCGGGGCCAGCUCUACAACGCUCGUCUCUUUGACAUCACCGUUGGUGCUUACCGCAAGCUCUAGAAAACUGGGGGGCUCCGGGUGUCCCCUUGUUCGCUCUGUCAUCUCCCAAUAAACCCCGAGCCACCUCUUUU